CCAAUUAAAUGAACUAUACUUUUUUACUUAACUACUACCAAACCAGCAAAAAAACAAAUGGCAGCCAAGAAGAAUAUACUAGUUUUUGUUGCAGUUGUAUUAAUGGUAGUUCUAAUAAGUACUCCAUGCUAUGCAUCCAAAGAUGAAAUCUGCAAAGACGUGGAUGCUUGCUUUGAGUAUUGUGAAGUUUAUGUAGAAGGGAUUACUCCGAACCCGACCCGUGAGUGUUGUGACAACUUACUUAUAUUGAAUGGCAGGGUAAAAUAUAUAGACAAUGGGGUUCGUAGGUAUUGUUACUGCAUAGAAGAUUUCAGUCAUAGUCACUAUCAUCCUCCUUAUCUCCAAUCCCGUAUUCUGAAUAUGGCUAGAAUAUGUGGUAUUCAUCGUAGCUUCCCUAUCUCUGAGCACAUGGAUUGUUCUAAGCUAUAGUAAGAGACUUAUUGUUUGACGAAGACUAGCUGUUCUCUCUGGUCUGAUGCUAUAUAUUAGUUAAAUAAUUUUUAUUCUCUCUUUUCCUGAACUUUGAAUUGGAAGUAUAAUGAUAUGUCUAUUACACUAUUACAGCUA